CUUUGUGAUGUACAUGGGAAGUGAGUUGCUCGGUGAGCUGUACAUUCCCAUCCGUAACGUAGAGAUGUCGCAGAGUGCGUGGUACCACAUGAGUCCAGCCGACAAUUCCUUCCUCUCCAAAAUGCGACGACUGGAGCGCCACCGCAAGUACCAGCCCUGGCACGGCCAAG